AUGGCCAAUUUCAGAUCUGAUCAAGAAUAUUUGAUUGACUUUAAGAGACGAGUUUUGCAAAAUCUUGAACGAUUCGAGAUCGAUGAUAUGAAAUCGGACCAUCUCAACGAACAAUACUAUUUGAUAGUUGAUGAUCCAAUUUCUUGUCCUUUUCUUGGUUCUCUCUCGGAUCACAUUGUAGAUUGGCUUAAAAAUAAUGUUAACAACGUGAAAUAUUCUCUGUUUGAAUGCAAUGAAGAAGAAUCUUGGCUUAAGGAAUUCAUAGAUACUUUCAAAUGUAUACAAAAGAACGUUGUGGGUAUCAGUAUUGAAAACAUGACAGAAACUGAAUGGUAUAUAGAUAGUUGGGUUUACAGUUUUUAUCUUAUUCCUAUUGAAAUUUUAUCUCUUAAUAUUAGAGACGAAUCUUAUACAGAAUCAAGUCAACAAGCAAGCAAAGGAUCAAGAUCAUCAUCUAAUUCUUCGAACCGUACCAGUAGGCGAUCAUCAACCUCGGUAGCUAAUAAUAACGAAAAUACUUUAAAUAUAGCACCUUCUAUUUAUGAGGGAUUAACAUUUGUUAAUUUGAGUUCAGAAAACUUUAAUUUGGAUAAUAAUUUUUCUAGUAGAAGUAAUGGAAUACGCCCUGAUGGUAAAUUUCUUUGUAAGGACAUAGUUCACCAAUUUGGAAUGGAAGUAGGUGUGCUUGAAGUCAGUAAAUCUAAUUCAUCACUUAAUAAGAAAGAAAGGGAUCGAAUAAAGCUUAUAUUAGCAAUGUUAAUGUCUGGAGCCUAUUUACGUUAUAAUUUUGACAGUCAAUAUAUGACAAAUUCUAUCCAAACACUAAUUGAAGAAAUCGGAUUUAUUACUUUACAAGUAUAUAAUGAAAGAUUAAUUGUACACGGAUAUGAUUUCACUAAUAGUCCCAUAAAGGUAAGGCAAACACUAAUUGAUGUCUUGAUUCCAAUUCGGCCAACAGUUAAUGUUGGAUUGGCAAUGCUCUGGGACAUAAAAUCGGUAAUCAAUUUUGUGAAAGAAAUUACAAAAUUAAGAGAAUUUUUAAGGAGAAUUGACACUAGUUUUGGAAUAUUGGCCGAUCAGCUUAUUAAUUGGAAAGAAAAAAUUUUACCAAAAAUUUAUUCAUCUGAAUUUAUGUGA